AUGCGUCACAAAUACAUACCCCAAUCGGGGCUGAUCAAGUUCGCCUUCGCCUCAGUAGUCACUGGAGCCUCGUUCAUCGCGCGUCCGUCAAAAGAAAAGUUGUCAGGGCUGGAAAAGACAGCCGCCAAAGCAGAAAUAAUUCGUCUCGAAGGUGCGAGCAUUACCAAGAUCUGCAAUUGCAUCAGCAAUUGGAAAUUCGCGACACUAAACAAUCUGAUCUUAGGUGCGGUACCGAAGACAAUAGCCGAUACACAAAAGGCGAUUCUGCUGGUGGAACCAGCAGCGGCGUGGCGUGGUCAAUCCACGUGGGGAAAUAAUUCCGGACGGAUAAGGCAAGCGAUCGCGGGCGCCUUGGUGACAGGCUGCAGAUACGGGCCGGAAGCGAAUAGAUUGCAUGUGCAGGAAAGUUGCAUCUCAACGCACAAACUACAGUGCCACACUCGGACGCAUCGCGUACACACGCACACACGGAAAACCCCAUAUUGGGGUUUUUUUUCUUGUGUGUGUUGCAGAUCACGAUUGUCGCACGACGCAACACCGGUGCAUCGGUGCAACAACACCUCUCGUCGCGAGAAUCAUUCCGAUCCAGGUCGAUGCAGCCAUAGUGGACUCUUUCUCGUGAUCGGCACACGAGAUCUUGGGAUUUUCCGGUCGGCCGCGCAUUCGAGGACGAGAGCAAGCGGGAAAGGAGUGCAGACCAAACGGAGCUGGAGGAUAACCGAUCCGCGAGUGAGGUAGAAGCCACCGUGCGACAGCCAGAGAGUGAACCUGUCGUUGCGAAUGUCCAUACACGAACGGCGGGCGUGAGAAGCGGCAGGCUGGUUCGGUGCGGAAGACCGGUUGAUGGUGAGAGGACCACGAUACUCCAGAACAGCGCGCGGAAGAAGGUAUCAGCGGCCACGGUGGAGAGAUGCAGAGGGUAUGAUGGCGGUCUGGCUGGCAUAGGGGGAUCGUGAGUACUCAUGAUAGUCUAGCUUUAAGGUUACAACAUGUGUGUACAUUAAGUGCAAUAGUACAGGGCACGAAGAUAGGAGAAUGACCCAAAGGGGUGAUAGAUCAAUUGAUUGUCCGUAAAUAAACAAUGUAACGUAAACGGUAUUUGGUUUGUGUGCGCUAUUAUUUUGGC